AUGGCCUCCGGCGCACGCUACGCGGACCGCCGGUUUGCCUACGUCCGCGGCCUGCGCGCCCGCGCCGACGGCCUCACCCGCGCACACGAGGCGCGCAGCUGGGAGCACAUCUGCGGCCUCGCCGCGCGAAUCGGCCUGCACGAUGGCGCGCUGCCGGACCGGCACACCGUGCUGCGCCGCGUGAACGCGUCGCCGCCUCCCGCCGGCACCUUCUGCUCCCCAUCCGCCGCCCUCCUCGUCGCGCUGCUGCGGCACGCAGAGGCGAUGGGCGGAGCGAGCGGAGGGACACCGCUCUGCCCAAAGGGCGAGCUGAUCGCCCGCGCCCGCGCGCUGUGCGAGCAACCCUUCUGCAGCUUGGAGGAGCAGCUCGCCGCGCCAGCCGGCGCGCUGCGCUGCGCCUCGCUGCAGCAGCUUCCGGCGCUGCUCACGCUCGGCUACGCAAAGGAGCGGAAGAGGAAGGGCGCCUGCCCCUCGGGCGUGCCGGGCGAGGCCGGCGUGGUGCUGCUGCUGGUCGACGAGCGGGAGGGAGGCGGCUCGUCGUGCGGCAAGAUGGCCGAGCUGUGCGAUGCCCUCGACAGGGAGGGAGCCCGGUUUGAGACGCGCCGGCUGCCGAGCGGGCACGGCGACUACGAGUGGGUGCUGGCCGACGGGUCUCCGGCCGCCCACGAGGUCGUGCUGCCGCUGAUUGUCGAGCGGAAGGGAUGCCUCGACGUGAGCGCUUCGAUGCGCGACGGGCGCUGGCGGCGGCAGCAGGCGGCGAUGGAGGCGCGGAACGCUUCCGAGUUUGGAGGCGCCGCCACCAUCGAGUACUUGCUCGAAGGGGACGUGUCCAAGACAAAGCAUACAUGCGCCGCCUGCGCCGCUCUUCCCGGCGGCGGAGGCGUGGGUGGCUGCCCAACAGACGGCUGGCCGACUGUGGCGGCGGUCGAGGAGGAGCUGAGGAGGGCGGAGGCGACGUACAAGGUCACGCGGACCGCGAGCAUCGCGCACACGGCGGCACACCUCGCAGCCGAGCAGCGCCGCUUGCAGCUCCUCCGGCCGCAGCAGCCGCAGCAGACUCGCCGGCCGGAGCCUCGCGCGCAUGCGUCGAGCCCUACACGCGCGAGCCCCGUGCGAGGUGCGGCCGAGCCGCCGCCCACGCCGCCGACGGCGCGGGCGGAGCAGCUGGCGGAGGUCCAACCACCGCCGGCACACGCGUCUCCCUCGGGCGGCGACUCGGACUCGGAGGCGUCGCUGCUCGACCAGGCGGCGCCUCCGGCGCGCCCGCCGUCCGUCUCGACAGAGCAGCCCUUCCCGCGCGACCAGUCCGCCAACUUUGCUUUCCUCGAGGAGCUAAUGGCGAUGGCGGAUGACAAGAGCGACGGCCCCCUCUGCAGCACGGCGAUCUACGAGGGCGGCGGCGGCCACGGGUACUACAACGGCUGGUCCAACCUGCACAAGGGGCUGGUCAAGCGGCCGAUGCCGUGGGUGUGCCUCGUGCGCGAGAUGAGCGGGCGGCGGAACGGCAGGGCGACCCACCUCUACGCCCUCACCGAGGGCGGCAAGGUGGCGGCGGCGAGGCUGCACGCAGAGGCCGAGGCCGCGGGCUGGUGCGGCUGCGGGCUGGCUCCGAGCUGGGGGCGCGGGCGGAGCGGCGCCAUGCCCUAG